AUGCAGACUCCGUUCAGGACACCCGAAGUUCUACUAGCCAAUCUCGGAGCCACUGGCGGAGACACUGGCGGUGAUACCGGCGAAGACAGUGGCGGAGAACCUAGCGGAGAGACUGGCGGAGAGACUGGCGGGGAGACUGGCGGAGAACCUGGGGUCCCUGGUGGAGACGCCGGCGGCGGUCAGGGCGGUUCUGACGGCCCCCCUGGCGGCGACAAUGGGGGUUCGGAAGGCGGCGACGGCGCGCCACUUAUCGGAGCUGGCGGAAGUGGCGGAAAGGGCGGAAAGGGUGGGAAAGGGGGUAAGGGGGGAAAGGGAGGGUACCCUGGUAACCAGCAGGGCGGGCCUGGCGGAGAGCAGGGGGGUGCUGGCGGAGAUCAGGGUGGAUCCGGCAGGGAGCAGGGGGGAACCGGCGGGCAGCAGGGGGGAUCUGGUGGAGAGCAGGGCGGGGCUGGCGGGGAGCAGGGGGGAUCAGGGGGAGGGGAGGGUAGCCAGACCGCCGGCACGACGAGCACCGGAAAGGGCGGAAAGGCUGGAAAGGGUGGGAAGGGUGGGAAAGGAGGGAAGGGGGGCAAGGGUGGAAAGGGUGGCAAGGCGUUUGGAAGGAGCUUCUCUCCGCGGCGCAGUCUGGCCCUUAGGGCCCUCUCUCUCUUGAAGAAGGUGGAUCCAUUUUCAACACCCAUUCUAUUUCGCUCUACCUCGUCUGUCGGCGGAGAUGGCGGAGUUUUUGGCGGAGACACCGGCAGUGGCGGAGAUAUUGGUGGGGACAUUGGCGGAGAUUUUGGCGGAGAUACCGGUAAUGGCGGAGAUACUGACAGUGGCGGAGAUAUUGGUGGGGAUAUUGGCGGAGAUUUUGGUGGAGAUACCGGAAGCGGCGGAGAUAUAGGUGGGGACAUUGGCGGAGACCUCGGCGGAGACACUGGCGGAGAUACCGGCAAUGGCGGAGAUACCGGCAGUGACGGAGAUAUUGGCGGAGAUAUUGGUGGCGACAUUGGCGGAGAUACCCACAAUGGGGGAGAUACGGGCAGUGACGGCGACGUUGGUCCCGGCGGUCCCGGCGGUCCAGGGAUGGGCGGCAAGGGCGGAAAGGGAGGCAAGGGCGGAAAGGGAGGGAAGGGUGGGAAGGGAGGCAAGGGCGGAAAGGGAGGGAAAGGGGGCAAGGGGGGAAAGGGAGGGAAGCCUGGUAACCAGCAAGGCGGGCCUGGCGGAGCGCAGGGGGGCCCUGGCGGAGAUACCGGCAAUGGCGGGGAUACGGGCAGUGGCGGAGACAUUGGUGGAGAUAUCGAAAAUGGCGAUACCAGCAGUGGCGGAGAUAUUGGCGGAGAUACCGGAAAUGGAGGAGAUACAGGCAGUGGCGGCGACGUUAGGGUGGGUGGUCCCGGCGGUCCUGGGGUGGGCGGCGGAAAGGGCGGAAAGGGAGGCAAAGGAGGGAAGGGUGGGAAGGGAGGGAAGGGCGGAAAGGGAGGGAAAGGGGGCAAGGGAGGAAAGGGAGGGAAGCCUGGUAACCAGCAGGGCGGGCCUGGCGGAGAGCAGGGCGGGCCUGGUGGCGAGCAGGGGGGCCCUGGCGGAGAGCAGGGGGGCCCUGGCGGAGAGCAGGGGGGCCCUGGCGGAGAGCAGGGGGGCCCUGGCGGAGAGCAGGGGGGCCCUGGCGGAGAGCAGGGGGGCCCUGGCGGUGAGCAGGGAGGUCCUGGCGGUGAGCAGGAAGGCCCUGGGGGAGAGCAAGGGGGUGCUGGCGGAGAGCAGGGCGGGGCUGGCGGGGAGCAGGGGGGAGCAGGCAGGCAGGAUCAGGGCCAGACCGCGGGCACAACAAGCACUGGAAAGGGCGGAAAGGCUGGAAAGGGCGGCAAGGGUGGGAAAGGAGGGAAGGGGGGCAAGGGUGGGAAGGGCGGGAAGGGUGGAAAGAAAUAA